CUGAUUGCGCGCCCCCUCCGCUCUCCCCGUCGGUGCGUGUGCACGAGGAUCCGCAAAGCCGCCGCUGCUCCUCUCCGGACGCGCAGUGCCACCCGCAAACUUUGAUGAGCCAAAACCUUCGCCAAGGCAACACAACAAAUCACGAGUCAUAACGGAGAGGAAUCAUUUUCUGGGGGGAAACGUACAUUUUGCAGAGUCCGUUUCGCUGGCGCGUUGAUAAAGGUGACCGCCAUGGAGGGCACCCCGGUGGAGAUUUUGAAAGGAGACAACGCGUGUCUCUCCACGCUGCUGGAGGACUGUCCGCUCAAUUCCUCCUCCUGGGUGUCCGGACCCUUGGAGAGCCGCAACGUGAGCCACGAUAACAGCUGGGAGCCCGAAGGCAUGUCUCCCAUCAUCCCCAUCAUCACCGCCGUCUACUCAGUGGUGUUUGUGGUCGGUUUGUUGGGCAACUGCCUCGUCAUGUAUGUCAUCAUCAGGUACACAAAGAUGAAGACGGCCACCAACAUCUACAUCUUCAACCUGGCGCUGGCCGACGCCCUCGUCACCACCACCAUGCCGUUCCAGAGCACCGACUACCUGCUCAACACCUGGCCCUUCGGCGAGGUGGUCUGCAAGGUCUUCAUCUCCAUCGACUACUACAACAUGUUCACCAGCAUCUUCACGCUGACCAUGAUGAGCGUGGACCGCUACGUGGCCGUGUGCCACCCGGUCAAAGCCCUGGACUUCCGCACCCCCAUCAAGGCCAAGAUGAUCAACGUGUGCAUCUGGAUCCUGUCGUCGGCCGCGGGGAUCCCUGCCUUCGUCCUGGGCGGCACCCAGACCAACAGCGACAUCACGGAGUGCGCCUUGCAGUUCCCGGAGCCCUACGUGUACUGGGACACGCUGAUGAAGGUCUGCGUCUUCGUCUUCGCCUUCGUCGUGCCCGUGCUCAUCAUCACCGUGUGCUACUCCCUCAUGCUGCUGCGGCUGAAGAGCGUGCGGAUGUUGUCCGGCUCCAGGGAGAAGGACCGCAACCUGCGGCGGAUCACGCGGCUGGUGGUGGUGGUGGUGGCCGUGUUCGUGGUGUGCUGGACGCCCAUUCACAUCUUCAUCCUGGUGAAGGCGCUGGCGAGCGUGCCCGAGACCACCGCCAUCAUGGCCGCCUACUUCUUCUGCGUGGCCCUGGGCUACACCAACAGCAGCCUCAACCCGGUGCUCUACGCCUUCCUGGAUGAGAACUUCAAGCGCUGCUUCAAGGACUUCUGCCUCUCAGCCAGGCUGAAGGGGGACAAGGUCUCGGGCAGCAAACGGCUCCCCAGCACCGUGCGGGAGGCCGCUGUUCCCCUGGAGAACCCCGACAGGACUAGCAAGCCCACAUGACUAGCAGUGGAACUGUCUUCAAUUUCCCACAUUGGGAAGGAAGACUCGCACGACCUGGGCUUAACCCACGUCACAUCAGCAAUGUAGACUCUCAGUCUGACUCUGUCUCUGUAGCGGACUGAUUAUCCUGUCAUUACUAGAGGACACGUCUCCUGACCUCAUUUCAGAGAUCAUAUGAAAUCAUAUGAAAGUCAACAUAAAUCCACACAGAGAGGAAUACACCAAGCUCGUCUGCAUGAAUUUACUUUGUCACCCACAUCCUGACUAUUAAUUACAUAAGCUGUAACAGUUAUCUGCUGAUUAUGAAUCUGCAGCCGGUUUGAUGGAUUUAAAAUCGUAUUUAAGCAGAAAUGAAAGCAUCGCUUGGCGCUUGAAUGAAACCUGAAUGUGGGGGAGUUAUAUCCAGCAUUUUCCCUUAUUUGAUAACGUUUUGUAAACUGCAGCACUUCUAUACUUCUUCUACUACUUCUAGGAGCUCCAGAAUAAAGUUGCAUUAGACAUGAGUGGCAAACUUUGCUAACAUUUCUCAGGAAAGUGUUUUUAAAAGGCGAGAUCAAGGAGUCAUGUCAGAUUUUGCAUCAGUGUUUUGACAUGAUUGAAUUUUCUUUACUCAUCUCUGCUUUUCAUCUUGAUUACCUACUAUUUUUUUACUAUGAUCCAAGAGUGCCUUACACCGUCCAGGGUAAAGCAGGUUUGUAAUGAUGGACAAUGUCAGAAACUAUUAUGGAACGUGGUUAAACAGCACUUAACAUGUUAAAUGUUGAAAAAUGUAAGUUGAUCGAUGUGAGAAGUAAAAAUCCUGGACUUGAAUGUGCAUUUAAAAUUUGACAGAGGGCUCUCUACCAGCUUUGACUUCUGGACUCAUGUCUAGAUGGAUGAGCUGUUCAAUUUAUGGUGUAUAAUAUAAUUCAGUCAUUUUCAAUGUGCUGUAUGGCUUUUCCCACAAUACACGUAGUCGCAUUUAAAUACUAGUGCAAUUAUUGUAAAGAAACGUCUCAUCAAUUACAUUCUGCAAGCAUUAAAAGCUGUUUACUCUGAAAAUAGACAAAUACACUACAUUCAGUCAAAAAACAAAAUAUUAUAUCAUGCAAAUGAUACAUUUUUAAAACUUUGCACAGGCAUAAUAAAAAUAUAUACAGUAUUUGUAGCAUGUCACUGAUCACUGCAAUGAUGUAAUCAGACACUAUUUGCUUGAUGGACUGUGCCGUUAUUUUGAUUGUACUGCAAAUAGACUCUGUAUCAUAGACACUAGAUUGAAUAUUAACUCAUUUAUCUCAUUAGUUCAUUUAGCUAAUACUUAAUUUAUUCAGCAUUAAAAUGAAUUAACAUUUGGAAUAAAAUUCUUCAAAAUCUUCAUUAAUCUCUCACCAUAGCAUGUUUACUGGUAUGAAAAUACAAAACCACAUGUUCUGGGAGACAUUAUAUUAAACGUCACUGUGGCCAAGGUUUUAAUAUUUUUCCCAGUGUUUGUGUUUGUUGUUUAAAUCUGCGACUGUAUAUUGGCUUUGUCUGCUGUCAGAUGAGCAGCAAGAGCAAAACAUCCUGUCUGUGAAAGUGCUAUAUUAAAGCAAAUUAUUUAAAUCCA